AUAAAUAUGUAACAACUAUAAAUAUAAUAUCUUUAUAUCAGGUUAGAGUUUAGAGUUUAGACACUCGCGUAUGGUAUGGACAAUUGUUGAUAUUUACUAAUAUGCCGAUGAAACAAAAAUAAGAGAUUUUCCAGUAACAAAAAUGACAUCAAUUCUAACAAGGUUAGUUCUUCCUCUCGCAAAAUGGACGGAACGCAAAACGUGGUUUAGCAUAUUUAAAGCUCGGCGAUGUCACUUUACGAUGCAAAAUCAUGCAUCAAAAUGUGUUGUCCCAGAUUAUCAGACACGAUUGGCCUUCCCGCCGGAUUACGACAGAGUGAUGACUUUUAUGUGCGACGCGUAUUACAAGUACGAUCCGGUCACGGUGAACAUGGGUUUGAAUUGCGACGAACCCGCGUCGUCGUUGCUCGACAUUAUGUACAACGAGAUUCGAGAGGGCAUGACGAUAAUCGCCGAGGAACAGAACGGUUGUAUCAUAGGCGCUGCGGUGAACGCCGGUUCUUGUCCUUGGGAUCCCGACAGGAUCGAGAAGUUUGCUAGGUGCUGCGAGCGCGGGCCGGUUCGCGACGUGCUCGAGUUCGAAGCUUACGUGACUCGCAAGCCGGAUCUCUGGAAGCGUUAUCGCGUUCUCAAGAUCUUCGAGUGCCGCUAUAUCGCGGUCGCGCCGGACGUCCGGAACAGGGGUAUUGCCAGAAAGCUCGUGCUAGAUAGCUGGUAUCUUGCGCGCGAUUGCAGCUAUCGAUUGUUCCGUAUUGACUGCAGCAAUAGAUUCUUAGCGCGGAUCGCAGAAGGUUUCAAGUGGGAACGAAUAUGUUCAAUCUCCUUCAAUCAAUAUUGUAAGGACGAUGAACUCGUUUUUCAACAUAUCGAGGAGCCGCACACUGAGGUGGAAAUUUACGUUGAUCAAGUUAGAUUUUGCAAGGAUUAUUGUCCACCUUAUAAAAGCUGCAAAACGACAACGGCAGCGCCGAACAUAAAUAUGAGAAAAAUCUAAUUGUAUCUUUCAGAUCGUUUUACCACAAUUUAAACUCUUUAAUAUGUAAGUUUAAGAAGGUUUAUCCUU